CAGCCAGUCAGCAUCACGUGCGCGAGCGUGACGGGCGUGUUACCCGCUGCUCCGUCGCGAUAUUCACGCGUUAACACACGUAUAGACGUGCCGUGCCGUAAUGACAUCAGUGCAUCGUGUUACCUAGUGCUUGUUACUCUGUUCCUCCCGCGAUUGACAAGUAAUGAAGAUAACUUUAUGAUAAACAUUUACCAACCUUUGAGUUUUUAUCAACUGUAAAUAUAAAAACCUUUUGUGUGUGUGCCAUGCUGACGAGUACUAGCCGGUGAGUGUGUGUGCGAUGGCGGUCAGAUGGUGCGCGGUGGUGGUCCUCGUAGCGACAUUGUUGGAGGCGCGAGCGCACUACACGCCGACAUGGGCCGUGCACAUACCGGGCGGCAAGCAGGCCGCCGAUGCCGUCGCCAGAGAUCACGGCUUCAUCAAUCUUGGAGAGAUCUUCGACAAUCACUACCACUUUCAUCACAACCGAGUGUCGAAGCGCUCUCUUUCUCCCUCACAAGAACACCACGGCAAGUUAGAGGGAGACACAAGAGUGAGAUGGGCGAAGCAACAGCGCGCACUAUCCAGAAAGAAGAGAGAUUUUUUGCCUUUACACAUUUCAACUACAGCUGAGACGAGGUCAUCAUACGCACCCGUGCCAUCAUCGUCGUCCAAGCGGGAGGCGGGGUCCAAGCGGGCCAUCCAGCCUACUAGGGUGAAAGGUCGGCCGAGAGCCGCCGAUUCCAGCUUCCAACUCAACGACCCCAAAUGGCCUCACAUGUGGUACCUUAACCGAGGAGGCGGGCUGGAUAUGAACGUGAUCCCGGCGUGGCGGGAAGGCAUCACGGGCCGCGGCGUCGUCGUCACCAUCCUCGACGACGGCCUCGAGACUGACCACCCCGACUUAGUUGCUAAUUACGACCCCAUGGCGUCUUACGAUGUGAACUCUCAUGACUCGGACCCUCAGCCGCGGUACGAUAUGGUAGACUCCAAUCGUCACGGCACGCGCUGCGCGGGAGAGGUCGCCGCGACUGCUAACAACUCGCUGUGCGCUGUUGGGGUUGCGUACGGCGCUAGUGUUGGAGGGGUUAGGAUGUUGGAUGGUGAUGUCACAGACGCCGUAGAGGCUCGUUCUUUGAGCCUGAAUCCGCAGCAUGUGGACAUCUACAGCGCCUCCUGGGGCCCAGACGAUGACGGGAAGACGGUCGACGGACCGGGCGAGCUGGCCACAAGAGCAUUCAUUGAAGGAGUUACUAAGGGUCGGAACGGCAAGGGAUCGAUCUUCGUGUGGGCAUCAGGUAACGGCGGGCGAGAGCAGGACAACUGCAACUGUGACGGGUACACCAACUCCAUCUGGACCCUGUCAAUAUCCUCAGCAACGGAGCGCGGUGAGGUGCCGUGGUACUCCGAGAUGUGCAGUUCUACUCUCGCUGCUACGUAUAGUAGUGGGGCCUUGAAUGAGAAACAGGUGGUGACGACGGACCUACAUCACUCGUGUACAGCAGGUCAUACAGGGACUUCGGCGUCCGCCCCUCUCGCCGCUGGGAUCUGCGCCCUCGCUCUGCAGGCUAAUAAGGAUAUCACAUGGAGAGACAUGCAGCAUAUUGUGGUCAGGACUGCAAGACCUGAACGGCUGAGCAUCGGCGGAGAGUGGCGAGUCAAUGGUGUCGGAAGAAAUGUCUCGCAUUCUUUUGGCUAUGGUCUUCUUGAUGCUGCGGGCAUGGUUCGGCUUGCGAGGAGUUGGAAGACCGUUCCACCGCAACGGAGGUGCGAGCUGGCCGCCCCCAGGUCGCAGAGAAUGGUUCCGCCACGAUCAACCGUUACUUUGCAGCUGGAUGUAGGAGCGUGUCCGGGAGUGAACUACUUGGAGCACGUACAAGCCAGGGUGACGCUGCAGGCCACAAGACGGGGCGACCUUCGGAUAGCGCUCACAUCCCCUGCUGGAACCAGGGUCACACUUCUUGCACCCAGAGCUCAUGAUUCGUCUCGAGCCGGCUUCAACUCUUGGCCGUUCAUGUCUGUCCACAUGUGGGGAGAGUCACCACUUGGCCUCUGGCAAUUGGAAGUGUCCAACGAGGGUCGAUACAAUAUGGGUCGGGCAACAUUGCAAGACUGGUCUUUAACAUUGUACGGGACGACAUCACCUGCUGCUAAAAACGAUCCAAUACCGUUCCGGAAUCCCAUCAUACGAAAUAAAAACACAGCAACCAACGCCACUAGACCCGUCGUAGUCCAAGCAAGAAGGAAGAACAACAGGGAGAAAGCUGUUUCAAUAGUGCCUACAUACACAGUCGGAUUAGUAAAGAGAAAAAAGAAUAAGAACUCGAAAAAUCCGAAUAGAAAUUCACAAAAGAAGCAGGGCCGGCCAGCGACGCGCUCGCCACUCGAGAGCUCCACUGUGAGGGUGACGUCGACGACGCCGGCGCCGGAUCUGAGCCUGAACUUGCGUGGGGACUUGGCUGAUCCGCUAGCGGAGGCGCGGGACCGCAAGAUGUCCAGCCUGUUCGAGCAGUAUCCGAAAAUCCAGCGCAUAUACCCCGCACCACUACAAGCCAACGCUGGUCCUUUGACGCAGUGGGAGCUGAUAUUCUACGGUACAGAAACGCCACCGCAGGAGUACGAUGCCUCGCCGGAGACAAACUCUCUGGGGACGAGUGUUGUAUCCAGUGCCAGCGUGCCCCCUUGGAGCCGAGGCAACGAACCCGAGUCCAUAGAAGAAGUCAGACAAAACGCCAUCGACGACGACCUAGCCCUCGUCUGGCAUGAUUCACACACGAUCCGCGAGGAGAGCCUGGGCGCAGAGACGAGUGGCGCGGGCGCAGGGCGGCCGUACGGCAGCGGGUGCGCGACUCACGCGGCGCAGCCGCCGCACCGGUGCCUAGAGUGCGCGAAGGGUUUGCACUUGUACGACGGUCGGUGCUACGAGCAUUGUCCGGACAGUACUUACGCCAGCGAGGCUCUUACUGAGAGGAGCUCCAGACGACGCAACCUCACGUAUUACGCUCAAGGAUCUAGCGGAGCCGCGAAGAGACAGGACUCUCCCUCCGCUCUGGAGGCAGCGGACAUGGAACCUUUAGCACAAAGCAAAUCUCCUUUGAUCUGUCUCCCGUGUCACUACACAUGCGCCACCUGCUCGGGGCCUCACAACAGACAAUGUCUCUCAUGUUUAGACGACGCCGAACUCUUCAACCAAACCGACGUCGAAUCUAAACUCUACUGCUACCCCAAAACAGUAAUGCCCCAAAUAAACAACGCUAAUUGGCAUUACAGAGUAAACAUAGGUCUUUCCAUUCUUCUGUUUGCCGUCAGCUUUAUUGUCUUGUACAUGUUCAUCGCGUGGGUUCUCAGAUGGUGUAGUGGUGCUCAUUACGAUUCUAACAUAAACGUGGCGUAUCAAACGUUGGCAAGUGAUGAUAGAAAGCAGAGCGCUUUAGAGGUUCAAGAUGAGAUUAAUAAGGCUUUGAAAGAUUCCAGUGAGAGCGAAUCUGAAGACGAUUUGAAUUUAUAGCGACUAUUGACAUUCCAUCAAGAAUAUUACAAACUAAGCGAGCAAAUACGCGUUAGUGAUUAGAAAUGUUGAACAAUAUGCCGUGUCACAACACCUAUUAUUUGACAUUUACAACUAAAUAUACGAGCUUCAUGUAAAAUAUUGUGUCAAAAUUUGUAGUGUGACAUGGCGUUUUAUGUCGUGAUUUUAUAAAGUGUCCAAACAAUCCUUUUGUGAUAUUUCAAUGUAUGUCACAAUUUUGGACGUUUUUCUACGUGUUUUUGUAUUAAAAAUAUAUAUUCAAUGUCUUUCAUAUUUGGAUUUAGCCUCAACAGGCGAUAUGGCUGUGUCAGAUGGCCUAAAAAUUGACUGUCAAAAAUAGUUAGUAAGUUUUAGUAAGAUUGUACAAAACUAAGCAUAAUAUUAGAUUCAUCCAAAGAGCUACAACUCUUGUGAUUUUAAAUUACUUUUCUAUUUCAAUACUUAUUGCUAUUUUGAAAUAUUUUUAUUAAGUUACAUACUAUUUCUAACAAAAGGAAACGCUUGCAAGGUACAUAAUUUUUAGAUGCAUUUAUGGCAGAAAUGUCAGUAAUUUUAGCUUCCGUGUAAGGGAUAAUAGGAUAGGGGUCCCCUCUGGUUAUUAAGAGAGUGAUAUAAAUAUAUCGCCGCCCUUCGUAGCUCCCUAAAGCAGGGUCACCUUAUACAGGGAGAAAUUGUAAUUUAUACUUUAAGAACGCCUCCAAAAUUGCCUUGAUAGAAUCGCUGUAAAUUCUACUCGGAUGCUCAUUUUCCUUUAAUACUAAUGAAAUUCUUGAGCCUCAGCAACUUUUUUCUGUAGCUUCUUUAUUUUAUGACUCAGAACUUUUUUAUAUUAUUUUUACAUUUUUUUACUUUACGUUACGCAUCGCACAUCAAACGCCUCAGCGGUAUCGCCUCGCCUCAGAAAUACUCGGAAUAAAGUAUUUGAACAUGGAAUUUUGAGAAAAAAAACUGCCUAUUUCAUCCAUAAGGUGUCGCUACUGUUGAAUGUUCUUAAAUGUUAACUGUCCCCAUACUAUUUGAGUAAACAAACAUAAUCUUUUGGGUAUAUUUUUACACCGGUCGGGACCUGAACCCGUAGCUCUAGUCAAGCUUAAAUAAUAUUAUGUCUAUGUAAUGUUGUAGUACUCAAUAUUCACGAUAGACGGCGUCGGCGUCGGCUUAAUAACGACACAUAGAUCAAAAGAAUUUUGCGUGGACAGGAGGAGGACCCGGUAGUGUUAUGGUUAACACGCUCGACCCGGCUGAACAAGAGCUACGGGUUCAAGUCCGAGUAAUAUUUUUAUUCCCUAAAUAUCGGAAAGAAGAAAAUUUAGAAAAUAAUAUUUUCUUUUCAAUCAAAAUUUCCUUUUCCAACUGAUGGCUUUUCUUCAGACGGAAUACACUCCACGUUGCUCCACAUUUUUUUUUUAAUUUUAUGUGGAACUGUCAGAAUUUAGGAACACUAAACAGUGCUGCCGCCUUCAGCUUCUAGUUUUUAUCCUCGGCAGUAUCCGUUCCAUGUAGGUAAGUUUGAUUUAUUGUGAAGCGUAUGACUUCUUUUGAAUGUUUUAAGGCGAGCCGAUGGCCGAUGCUGAAACUGUAUCGAUGUGGGGUGACCUUUACUCUUAAGGAUAGUUGCUCAAGUUGCCAUUUCGUUUUUAUGUCGCUGAGCUGAUUUUUUAUGUAAAUAUUGUAACGCAAAUUUCGUAUGUAAAUAAAUCAGUUCCUAUUUUC